AAGUGCCCGCCCCCUGGGGCUGGGGGGACGCAGCGGUGCCGGACCGCGGUGCCUGGCAACUGUCCCCCGCCCCCCGGCGCCAUGCGGGUGCUGCGCGCGCUGCUGCGGGCCGGCGCCGCCGCCUACAGGCAGGGGCAGCGGCCCGGGCCCCGCGCCCGCGAGUACUUCUACUACGUGGACCACCAGGGCCAGCUUUUCCUGGACGAUGCCAAAGUGAAGAACUUCAUCACCUGCUUUAAAGACCAGCAGUUCCUGGCCUUCUUCUUCAAGCAGCUGGAGGUGAACCGGAGCGGGCGGUACCAGGACACCUUCCCCUACCUGUCGCCCUGCGGCCGGGAGCACAACUACGUGCGCUGCGAUGACCGCCCCAUCGUCUUCACUCAGCUCCUGCAGGACACGGGUGGGCACCAGCUGCUCUCCUACUGCGGCGCCGGGCCCCGCCUGGCCGUUGCCUUCGAGCCCACCAAGCUGGCCAUGCUCCCCGAGAACGGCCGCCUCUACCACCCAGCACCCCCCAAGGCCAGUGGCGUGGGGCUGGUGAAGUCGGGGCUGGCAUUCGAGCUGAGUUCCUGCUUUGAGUACGGUGAGGGCCCUGGGCAGCCCCCCACCCACUUCUGCUGGCAGGGCGAGCGCCACCCCCUCACCAACGAGCUGCUGCCCAUCCUCCGUGCCUGAUGCCCGGUGCGAGCCCGGAGACUGCCCUGGCCGUGUUGGCUGGAAAGGGGCAGCCUGCCAUGCCCUGGGCCUGGAGCAGGGACUGCCAGCUCCAUCCAUGGAGCAGGUGCGAUGUGUGCUCCUGGCUGGUGUCGUGACUGGCUGUGGCAGGAGAGGGGGGAGUCCCGGCACACCACUCUCCCCCAUGCCCGUGCACUCGCUGCUGGGCGCUGUGCUCGUGUCCCAGGCCCCGGGGGAGAGCCAUCCCCUGCUGGGCUCUCGGCGGGGGGGGUGGCAUGCAUGUGAGCCGGGCUGAGGCAGGGCCGCGCUCCUGUCUGUAUCGGGGCGAUUAUCUCUGCCUGCGCUGGCCUGGGAUUAGCCCAGGGACUUAAAGUGCCUUCCACACAGA